AUGGGGUCUGUGCUUGCCCAAGUCUCAUUUAGUCCCCAAUUUCCCAUAGUCAUCCGAAUGUUCAGAUUGAAUCCUUGUAAACCAUCAAAUGUGCCGAUACAGGUUUUGCCAGCCGCAAAAGUGAUCGAAGGAGUGCACUCCACGUUAUCAGCCAAACCACUAUUACCCAAUCCGCCUCUACGAGAUUCUCAACGACAGAUGGCGUUGGUGUUCAACACGCUACGUUGCAGUCAAAUAAAGGUGAAUAACUACGCAACUAAAGAGGAUGCCGCCGAGAUUGUCAGCACAUUGCUCGAUUCCUUUGAUGUGCCAGGCCCUCAUGGUCUUCAUGUCUGCAUGGUAUUCGACCCCUUAUGUGAGCCUCUAUGGAUGCUCAAACAGCGAUUCCAUGACGAUGUACUUCCAUUGGAUGUUCUCAAGCCCGUUGCUAAAUUGAUUCUGGAAGGCCUUGGCUACCUCCACUCUCAAUGCCAGAUUGUCCAUACAGGUAUUAUUAUCAAUAACUCGCUAGACUUAAAACCCGACAAUAUUCUCAUGGCUCUCCGAGACCACUCUAUACUUGAUAAAGUUUCUCAGGAUGAGAUCAAAGAACCACUGCCUCAAAAGCAACUUGAGGAUCGAACAAUAUACCUUUCGAGAAAUCACUUCGGCGUGGAGGCAAAUGGUUCGGGCAGACCAGUGAUUACUGAUUUUGGACUGGCUGUAGAUGGGUCUCGGGCCCAUUACCAUCCCAUUCAACCGGACAGUUCCAGAGCCCCAGAGGUUAUUCUUGGGGCAGGUUGGAGUUACAGUGCUGAUAUAUGGAAUUUAGCUGCUUUGCUUGUGGAACUAGUCCACGGAAGCGGCCCUUUUGAUGAACCAUCCUCUAAUUCUUCUACCUUUACUGAGGAAGCUCAUCUAGCUCGCAUAAUAUCAGUACUCGGAACUUCACCUGUGGAUAUGCUUCGCGAAGCGAAAUAUAGUUCUCGAUACUUUGACGCCGAAGGGAGAUUUAAGCAUCCGGAAUUGAUAUCAGAGAGCGGAGGACUUGAGAAGAUUAUUUCUAGCGUUGAAGGUGACAACAAGCAGGCUUUUCUUGAUUUAGUAUCACGAAUGCUCCGGUGGCGAGCAGAUGAGAGAGACACUGUGCAAGGGUUACUCUCGGAUCCUUGGUUUCAGGGGUUGUAG